CGGGCCACGAAGCAGGAGUGACGGGAUUAGGUUAGGACGGAACGAGCGAACGCACGACGCGUCUCUGGCCACUAGUGGAGAUCGAGUGCUCCCCUAAUCUGUCAGGAUGAUGCAAUUUGAGGAAAAGGGCGAAACGUUGAAAGAUAAAUCCCGAUGCGCGAACAUCCGAGCCGAUCUCAAACAGUACAAACGCACCCCCAGAGAAUGCCUUAGAUCACAGGACGGCACAGUUCCCGAUGAAUGCUUUGCCUUGCGUAACACAUUCUUUGAGUGCAAGCAUUCUAUAAUUGAUGGUAGACGGCGGUUUAGGGGCCCUAAAGGAUAUUAAAUAAAUAUUAUAUGAAUGUGAUACAUACCUAUACAUAUAAUGGUAAUGUAAUUUCAUAAUUUAUGUAU